AUGGAUGAGCUCACGCUGGGAGCCCCAGGGAUCAGAGAGUUCCAGGACAGACUCCUUGGGGUCUCCACAAUGUGUGGAGAGAGGAGCCGACCAAAGCUUGAAGAAACCAUCCAAAAGGCAGCCGCCAGGGCAAGGGACAGGCGGCCGCCAAAGGGCAAGGAAGUCAGCACCAGCGCAGACUGGAUAUCGCUAGUCCACACCAUCUCACAAAAUGGUUUUCUCUCUUCUCUCUCUCUCUCUGUCUCCAAUGUGGUAAAUCGAGGCAGAAGGGGCUGGCGGUUAAGAGGGACCCAAGCAUUAUGUCAGGGUCACGCACGCAGCGACAGCUCCAGAAGCCCUGCCCCCCUCCCCGCCCCCGGCCCCGGCCGGCUGAUGACGGGCGGCGCGGCCGUGGGCGCCGGCCUCGCCGCUCCGGGCGGCCUCCGCGAGCAGAGGGGCCUGGAGAUCGAGAUGGAGCGUAUCCGGCAGGCGGCCGCGCGGGACCCCCCGGCCGGAGCCUCGGCCUCUCCCUCCCCGCCGCUCUCGUCGUGCUCGCGGCAGGCAUGGAGCCGUGACAACCCGGGCUUCGAGGCCGAGGAGGAGGAGGAGGAAGAGGAGGUGGAAGGCGAGGAAGGAGGAAUGGUGGUGGAGAUGGACGUGGAGUGGCGCCCGGGCAGCCGGAGGUCCGCCGCCUCCUCGUCCGUGAGCUCCGUGGGCGCCCGGGGCCGGGGGCUGGGGGGCUACCACGGCACCGGCCACCCAAGCGGGAGGCGGCGCCGGAGAGAGGACCAGGGCCCGCCGAGCCCCAGCCCGGCCGGCGGCGGGGACCCGCUUCAUCGCCACCUCCCCCUGGACGGGCAGCCGCCGCGAGUGGCCUGGGCCGAGAGGCUGGUUCGCGGGCUGCGAGGUCUCUGGGGAACAAGACUCAUGGAAGAAAGCAAUACUAACCGUGAGAAGUAUCUUAAAAGUGUUUUACGGGAACUGGCCACAUACCUCCUUUUUCUCAUAGUCUUAUGCAUUUUGACCUAUGGGAUGAUGAGUUCCAGUGUGUACUACUACACCCGGAUAAUGUCACAACUCUUCUUGGACACCCCAGUGUCCAAAACAGAGAAAACAAACUUUAAAACUCUUUCUUCAAUGGAAGACUUCUGGAAGUUCACAGAAGGUGCCUUAUUGGAUGGGCUUUACUGGAAGACACAACCCAGCAACAAUACUGACGCCGACAACCGAAGCUUCAUCUACUACGAGAACCUCCUAUUAGGCGUACCACGUAUACGGCAGCUCAAAGUCAGGAACGGGUCCUGUUCUAUCCCCCAGGACUUGAGAGAUGAGAUUAAAGAGUGCUAUGAUGUCUACUCUGUCAGUAGUGAAGACAGGGCUCCAUUCGGUCCAAGAAAUGGAACAGCUUGGAUAUAUACAAGUGAAGAAGACUUGAAUGGGAGUAGCCACUGGGGAAUGAUUGCAACCUAUAGUGGAGCUGGCUAUUACCUGGAUUUGUCAAGAACAAGAGAGGAGACAGCCGCUCAGGUCGCUAGCCUCAAGAACAAUGUCUGGCUGGACCGAGGAACCAGGGCAACUUUUAUUGACUUUUCAGUAUACAACGCCAACAUUAACCUGUUCUGUGUGAUCAGGUUAUUGGUUGAAUUUCCAGCAACAGGCGGUGUGAUUCCAUCUUGGCAAUUUCAGCCUGUAAAGCUGAUCCGCUAUGUCACGACUUUUGAUUUCUUCCUGGCAGCCUGUGAGAUUAUCUUUUGUUUUUUUAUCUUUUACUAUGUGGUGGAAGAGAUACUGGAAAUUCGCAUUCACAAGCUACACUAUUUCAGAAGUUUCUGGAAUUGUCUGGAUGUUGUGAUUGUUGUGCUGUCAGUGGUAGCUAUAGGAAUUAACAUAUAUAGAACAUCAAAUGUGGAGGUGCUACUACAGUUUCUAGAAGAUCAAAAUACUUUUCCCAACUUUGAACAUCUGGCAUACUGGCAAAUACAGUUCAACAAUAUAGCUGCUGUCAUAGUAUUUUUUGUCUGGAUUAAGCUCUUCAAAUUCAUCAACUUUAACAGGACCAUGAGUCAGCUCUCCACAACCAUGUCUCGAUGUGCCAAAGACCUCUUUGGCUUUGCAAUUAUGUUCUUCAUCAUCUUCUUAGCAUAUGCUCAGUUGGCAUACCUUGUCUUUGGCACUCAGGUUGAUGACUUCAGUACCUUCCAAGAGUGUAUCUUCACUCAAUUCCGUAUCAUUUUGGGUGAUAUCAACUUCGCAGAGAUUGAGGAAGCUAAUCGAGUUUUGGGACCAAUUUAUUUCACUACAUUUGUGUUCUUUAUGUUCUUCAUUCUUUUGAAUAUGUUUUUGGCCAUCAUCAAUGAUACUUACUCCGAAGUUAAAUCUGAUUUGGCCCAGCAGAAAGCUGAAAUGGAACUCUCAGAUCUUAUCAGAAAGGGCUACCAUAAAGCCUUGGUCAAACUAAAACUGAAAAAAAAUACUGUGGAUGACAUUUCUGAGAGUCUGAGGCAAGGCGGAGGCAAGUUAAACUUUGAUGAACUUCGACAAGAUCUCAAAGGGAAGGGCCAUACUGAUGCAGAGAUUGAGGCAAUAUUCACAAAAUAUGACCAAGAUGGAGACCAAGAACUGACCGAACAUGAACAUCAACAGAUGAGAGACGACUUGGAAAAAGAGAGGGAGGAUCUGGAUCUGGAUCACAGCUCUUUACCACGUCCCAUGAGCAGCCGAAGUUUCCCAAGAAGCCUGGAUGACUCUGAGGAGGAUGAUGAUGAAGACAGUGGGCAUAGUUCCAGAAGGAGGGGAAGCAUCUCCAGUGGGGUUUCUUAUGAAGAGUUUCAAGUCCUGGUGAGACGAGUGGAUCGAAUGGAGCAUUCCAUCGGCAGCAUCGUGUCCAAGAUUGAUGCUGUGAUCGUGAAGCUGGAGAUCAUGGAGCGGGCCAAACUGAAGAGAAGGGAGGUUCUGGGAAGGCUUCUGGAUGGGGUGGCAGAGGAUGAAAGACUGGGUCGUGACAGUGAAAUCCACAGGGAGCAGAUGGAACGACUAGUGCGGGAAGAGUUGGAACGCUGGGAGUCUGACGAUGCAGCUUCCCAGAUAAGUCAUGGUUUAGGCACGCCAGUGGGACUGAAUGGUCAGCCGCGCCCCAGAAGCUCCCGCCCUUCUUCCUCCCAGUCUGCAGACGGAAUAGAAGGCGCAGGUGCAAAUGGGAGUUCCAAUAUCCAAGUCUAA